AUGCAAGCGCCAAUGCAAGCACCAGUGGUGUUUAUGAACACUUCUCAAGAAAGAACCACGGGUCGCCAGGCUCAAAUUUCCAAUAUUACCGCUGCAAAAGCUGUUUCUGAUGUUAUUCGUACCUGUUUGGGUCCAAAGGCUAUGUUAAAGAUGUUAUUAGAUCCUAUGGGUGGGUUAGUUCUUACAAAUGAUGGUCAUGCUAUUCUACGUGAGAUCGAUGUCGCUCAUCCUGCGGCAAAAUCAAUGCUAGAAUUGUCAAGAACUCAAGAUGAAGAAGUUGGUGAUGGUACCACCACGGUUAUCAUUCUUGCCGGCGAUAUCUUGGCUCAAUGUGCCCCAUAUUUGAUUGAGAAAAACAUCCAUCCUGUAAUUAUCAUUCAAGCUUUAAAAAAGGCGUUAUCUGAUGCCCUAGAAAUCAUCGACGAAGUAAGUAAACCUAUUGAUAUAAAUAAUGACGAUGCAAUGAAAAAAUUGAUUAAUGCUUCAAUUGGUACCAAAUAUGUCAAUCUUUGGUCUGAAAAGAUGUGCGAAUUGGCUCUUACUGCUGUUAAGAUUGUCAAAGUCGAUCUAGGUUCCGUAAAUGAUCAAAAUGAACCAAUUUUUGAAAUCGACACUAAGAGAUUCGUUCGUAUUGAAAAAAUUCCAGGCGGUGAAGUGUUGGAUUCUCGUGUAUUAAACGGUGUCAUGUUAAAUAAAGACGUCGUUCAUCCAAAAAUGUCUCGUUUCAGAACAAACCCAAGGGUUGUACUAUUAGAUUGUCCUUUAGAAUAUAAGAAAGGUGAGUCUCAAACAAAUAUUGAAAUUCAAAAAGAAGAGGAUUGGAAUAGAAUCUUACAAAUUGAGGAAGAACAAGUUCAAAUGAUGUGUGAGCAAAUUCUCUCAGUUAAACCAGAUGUUGUCAUCACUGAAAAAGGUGUUUCUGAUUUAGCUCAACAUUUCUUACUAAAAGGUGGUUGUAGUGUAUUAAGAAGAGUUAAAAAAUCAGAUAAUAAUAGAAUUGCUCGUGUCACCGGUGCUACCAUUGUAAAUCGUGUCGAAGAUUUGAAAGAAUCUCAUGUAGGUACAGAUUGUGGUACUUUCAAAGUUGAUCUAAUUGGUGAUGAAUACUUCACUUUCCUAGAUGAUUGCAAAAAUCCAAAGGCAUGUACAAUUAUGUUACGUGGUGGCUCCAAAGAUAUCUUAAACGAAAUUGAACGUAAUUUACAAGAUGCUAUGGCCGUCGCACGUAAUGUCAUGUUAGCCCCAUCUCUAUCCCCAGGUGGUGGUGCCACUGAAAUGGCCGUUUCUGUUAGAUUGGCUGAAAAGGCUAAGCAACUAGAAGGUAUUCAACAAUGGCCAUACCAAGCCGUUGCAGAUGCUAUGGAAUGUAUUCCACGUACUUUGAUUCAAAAUGCUGGUGGUGAUCCAAUUAGAAUAUUGUCACAAUUAAGAGCUAAACAUGCCCAAGGUAAAAGCACUUUCGGUAUUGACGGUGAUCUAGGUAAAAUCGUCGACAUGGUAGAUUACGGUAUAUGGGAACCUGAAGUCAUUAAGCAACAGAGCAUAAAAACCGCCAUUGAAAGCGCGUGCUUAUUGUUAAGAGUUGAUGAUAUCGUUAGUGGUGUCAGAAAGCAAGAACAAUGA